UCAAAGUCAAAAGUCUACACCUACACACAAAAAACAUAACCUGAGGGGUUAUUAUAGAAAUUAUAAAUGAAAAUUGUUGAGAUAAAUUAAAGAAUUUUUGUAUGAAAAUGAUUUUUCUGAAUUAAAAUAAAAUGGCAAAUUUAAAACCUGGCAGUCAAAAUACUCGUAAGAAAGUCCAGGUGUCAAUGGUAAUAUGCGAAGCAGAAGAAAAAAGGCAUAGAUCUGGAGUAAAUGCUCUACAAUUAGAUCCCGCAUUAGAUAGAUUGUAUUCAGCUGGUAGAGAUUCAAUUAUUAGAGUAUAUGAGCAUGAAAGGUUUCUCCAUGGAAUGGAACACCAUACCGACUGGGUCAAUGAUAUCGUAUUAUGCUGUGGUGGAAAACAUUUGAUAUCCGCAAGCUCAGAUACUACUGUAAAAGUAUGGAAUGCUCACAAAGGAUUUUGUAUGUCAACUCUUAGAACUCACAAAGAUUAUGUGAAGGCGUUAGCGUAUGCCAAAGAUAGAGAGCAAGUGGCUUCCGCUGGAUUAGACAAAUCUAUUUAUUUAUGGGAUAUUAAUACUUUGACAGCUCUCACAGCUAGCAACAAUACUGUGACAACUUCAAGUUUAGUAGGCAGCAAAGAAUCCAUUUACAGUUUAGCUAUGAAUCCAUCGGGUAGUAUAAUAGUCAGUGGAUCCACAGAAAAAGCUCUGAGGCUUUGGGAUCCUAGAACAUGUGCCAAACUGCUUAAAUUAAAAGGUCAUGCGGACAAUGUGAAAGCACUGGUCGUUUCAAGGGAUGGGAAUCAAUGUUUGUCAGGUAGCAGUGAUGGAUCUAUUAAAUUAUGGAAUCUAGGAUCGCAAAGGUGUGUUCAAACUAUUUUAGUUCAUACUGAUUCAGUGUGGGCUUUACUAGCUACAGAAAGCUUUAGCCAUGUAAUCUCUGGGGGAAGAGAUAAAAAGGUGAUAAUGACAGAUUUAAAAAAUAUAUCCAACAGUAUUACAGUGUGUGUAGAAGAUGCUCCAAUUUUAAAAAUGUGUUUUACUGCUGAUCACCAAGCCGUGUGGGUAUCAACAUCCGAUUCGAGUAUUAGAUGUUGGAAAUUACCAACCGAAAAGCAUUUUAAAGAAGAAGUUCGGAUGCCCACCAAUCCGUUAUCUUUAAUACAAGGAGGUGCGGCGAUUAGGCAGGCAGUAGUUUUAAACGACAAAAGGCACAUCCUGACUAAAGAUGCUCAAGAUAACGUAGCGAUAUAUGAUGUUCUUAGAGCUAGGAAAAUAGAAGACUUGGGACAAGUUAAUUUUCAGGAGGAGGAAAAGAAUCGAUUUAAAAUGAUUUAUGUACCCAAUUGGUUUAACAUUGAUCUCAAAACGGGUAUGUUGACGAUACACUUAGGACAAGACGAAGUUGAUUGUUUCUCAGCUUGGUUAUCGGCAAGGGACGUAGGCAUCAAAGAUGCUCCAGAUCCAGAUCAUAAAGUAAACUACGGAAAAUUGUUGCUUCAAGCUCUGUUUGAGCAUUGGAGAGGAGUCGAGACUGAUCCAGAACAUAGCCUUUACUUUAGCGUCCCUAAACAUAUUCCUCUUAUUUUAAGUGAGGUGGGUGGACGGACGCUGUAUCGAGUUUUGGUAGGCGAUACAUCAGGCGAAACGGAAAAUACCUUACUCAGUGAAACAGUACCAAAUUGGGUGAUAUCAAAUAUAGAGGAUAACUCACAAAACAAAUUUAUUAAAGUACAAUUUUACCUUCAACCCCAUUCCAGUGUACCUUCGCAUCUUUUGAAACAAGAUCGGAUGAAAAAGCCGGAUCGACUUGUUGCAAACGAUUUUAUCCAAUGUAGAAAAGUAGCAGAACAUAUUUUAGAAAAACUUUUAGGAGAUGGUACGGCUAGUUCUCCUGGAUGUGGCGAUGCAGACACAUCUUCUCCUUCCAAUAAUGGUUAUAAUGUAGAUCAGAUAGAACUAACGUGCAACGAGCAGGUUUUAGACCCUUUAAUGGACCUUAGAACAGUGAAACAUUUCAUAUGGAAAUCUUCCUCGGACUUAACCCUGUAUUAUAAAAUUAUAACUAAAUAGUGUGUAAAUCGUUUCUACGAUGUAAAAUAUUGGUUGAUAAUUUAUUCUUUUUAGUUAUUUAAAAGUUUUAUGAGAUUCGGUAAUUUCUAUCUCCACAAUUCUUGUGGAUAUUCGUUUUUAUAAUCUGAGGGUAUUUUUGUAUUUAUACACUUUGUAUAGCCAAUUUUAACCUGAUUAUUGUAGAAGCUAGGAAAUCAUGAGAAAUUAUAUAAAAUUGUAUCAGAUGAUUAAUAGAUUUUUUCCAAAGA